UCUGUUUAUGUACUGACUUGUUUGUGGUCGUCGAGUCAAGCGACUACCGCCGUGUUAUACGAUUAUGUGAAAAUAGUUUUAAAAACCUCCAAAAUGCGUGGAAUAAUAGCUACUGUUUUAAUCUUCGCUUCAUUCCAAAGUCUGGACUGCUUGUCCCACGUGUCAAAUUCGCGUCUAAACUUUUUUGACAUCGACCUCUUUCGAGCUGUGACCGACGGAAAGAGCGGGAACAUCAUGGUAUCUCCAGCCAGCAUCAAGUCUACAUUAGCAAUGAUAUUAGAAGGUGCAAGAGGUCCGACAGCUAGUCAAAUACAAACUGCUUUGAGACUGGCUCCCGAUAAACAUGAUUACAGGGAACAGUUGAGCGUUUUUAUGAAGGAUUUUGAGGUAAAUACAUCAAGUGUGACUGUCCAAAACGCAAACGCCAUAUUUAUAUCCAAGAAGCUUCAACUGAAGAAAGAGUAUGAGAUGGCGGUGAAACGCUCAUACUUUGCAGAGGUGAACAAACUGGACUUCGGGAACCCUGCGACUGCGAAGAACUUUAUCAACGGCUGGGUGAAUAAGAAGACUAGGGGGUAUAUACCCGAUAUUAUUGAUCAAGCACAAAUCAGCCCAGUAACGGAACUCCUGGUAACAAACGCGCUAUACUUCAAAGGCACCUGGCUACACGAGUUCGAGCCUAGCCGGACUCCUACCGAGUGCUUCUACAAAAACGGCGUCUGUAAGCAAGUCGCCAUGAUGGAUCUAGAUACUGAACUCAAUUACGCCUUCGUCGACACUUUGAGAGCGCACGCUUUGGAACUGCCUUACCAAGGCAACCGUUUCUCUAUGUUCAUCCUGGUGCCACAAGACCGGGACGCUGGCCAGGCUCUCAUCCGCGACCUGCCGUACAUCGGGCUGGCCGGCAUCAUGGCGCUGAUGGAGAAGACUGAUGUGCUCCUCACCAUGCCCAAGUUUACCGUGGAGUAUGAUGAGGAUAUGGUAGCAGCUUUGCAAAAUAUGCGCAUCACAACUCUAUUCACUCCUUCAGCAAACCUGUCGGGCAUUUUCGAAGGGACCCCGGCUUACUUGAACAGUAUCUUCCACAAAGUCUACAUGUCGGUCGACGAGACAGGAACCAUAGCUGCAGCGUCCACAGCUGGCAUGGUGGUGCCUCUGAUCUUCAGUCAAGUCCAACUGAGAGUGGACCGACCCUUCGUAUUCUUUAUUUAUGAUAACGACAACGGAGUGGUCCUCUUUGAAGGAAUGAUUGAAGACCCCACUGAGGUUGUUGAUAUGGGUGAUAUGUUCAAUAGACAUGGUUCCACUGUAGUUCCAGAAGCGCCACCCCAAGCGGUCCGAACUCAGUCAUCGCAGAAAUUUAACGAUACCACCUUAAUAAUGACUCCAUCGAUACCUAUUCCUCCGAUCUAUCCUAGCCUCAGCCAGUAUUUGGAUCGUCAGCCGUCGACAAACAAACCAAGUAGCGAAAUGAGCACAGAUUACCCUUACACUCAACAAACGAACGAAGACCCAACCCCAGACACACAAACGAACACUCCAACUACGAAGACUGAAAGGUACUGGUAUCAAAGAUUUACUGAGUUUUUAGGAUAAAAAAUAAUGAUAGUCAUUUUACGACAGAUUUCAAUAAAUUAUCUAUCUUUUACUUGCUUGCUGCAGAUAUGAAUUGGACAUAAGUCACAUCUUUAGUAGGUAAGCAAACCCAUAGACAGAUAAGUUAUUGAAAUAUAGACUAGUGUAGGAUCAAAUCGUUUAAAUAAUUUAAUUUCAGAAUGCAAGGUAAAAUAGAUUAAGAGAAUUUCGGAAAUAAUUGUUAUCAUUGAACAGAUUGCUCAUGAAAUGGUAUAGAACAAAUAUUGUUAUUUCGUAAUGUGAAUUAUAUGUAUGACAUUGUGA